UCUCUAUACAGAGUUUUCCCGCUAGUUACGAUAUUUCCGAUGAGAUAGAGUGCCCUUACGCAAGGUCUGAUUGUCAUUGCCGUCAAUCUUGAAGAUCAGGCAUAGACGACCGGGCUUUGAGACACGCCAGCUGCCAUCCUCUCAGACGACCAUGAUACCGGCACCUAAGCGGUCGGUGUCGACACCGAUCGUGCCCAGGAGAGAUGAGGUCUUUGAUAUAGAGGAUGAUGACGAAGGAUGGCAAGACAUGCCGGUCAUCCGUUCGACAGGCAACGCUCCUGCCGGAUUCGACAGUGAAGAUGAUCCGAGGAAGAGGAAGUACCUACCUCCUGUACGGAUAGACGAAAAUGACGACAAGGAAGGAGGAGGAAACGCUGCUGGCGCCGCGCUCGAGCUGGCACCAGAUGUAACGACCGAGCACACCUGGAAGGACAAGGCCGACCAGGACGAAUCCGAUUAUACCCGGUUACGGCUGUUCGAAGACGAAGAAUCGGAAGAAGUGCAUAUGAGGACAAAAUACCUGUUUGAUGAUGACAAGGCGAUGACGCCGCUCAGUCAGAUGCAGGCCACCAAGGAGAUGUUGACCGAAGGUCAGAGGAUCGCCUAUGUCGGUCUUUCUGCUCUAGUCGCUAGGGAGAUGAUUCUCGAUAUGGGCAGAGGAUGGCCGCCAGCGAAGAAAGGAAAAGACGAAGAGACAGGAGUAGUCGGGAGUGGGAGACUUUGGAUGCUCAAGAUUAUGGCCAGGCUAUAUCAGCACAUGAACCUGAACGCGGACGAGCAACGGAUGAUCGAAUCACUAGCAGAACAUGGAGUGCUGGCUGCGGACCUUGUCCCGGCACUGAUGACCACACAUACCGUCAAGAAUCCCGAAUAUGAUCCCGCGGCAGCAAAGGUAAUACACGAAGAGCAGGAAGAGAGCGAAGAGGAGCAGGAGGAAGAGGAAGCACGAGUAUCGAAAGGCGUGGAGAAAGCUGCCACUUCGCAGGAUCCUCCGAAGGCUUCAAGUCUUCGAGCGGAGUUGUUUGGGUCGGACCCUUUCGGACAGCUAGAAGAUAGGGCAGAGGCCCCGCCACCGCCUUACGAGGCGCCCAAGCCUAGUAGGAAAAAGUCUAGUAAGAGCGUCAACCCAUUCGGCGAUGAUAGCGACCUCGACGAGGGGGAUAUAGGGAGCCCAUCAGUACCAUCAGAAAAGGUUGACAAACCGACAGCAAGCAAAGUGGAGCCUAACUACCCUGAGAUUGAGGAGGGCGAUAUCGCAAAUACGCUAGAAGAUCUUGUUUUGGGUAACAACAAACCGGACGAACCACCAUCUGCGCGGAUCCCAGGGGAAAGCGUAGCGAUACCCGAGGACAGGACACAGUCCACACCAGCAGUCAGCGCCUCGAAACCCACUAACGCUGCAGAAGUUGUUGAACGAGGUAUCAGGGAGGAGGGACCUAAACAGAGCGAGGCUUUGCCCGGAGUCUCCACCGCCUUAUCGAAAACGGAUGAAAACGUUACGCUUGACAUCAGGUGGACUGUGCUUUGUGACAUGUUCCUGCAACUGAUCGGUGACUCUGUAUACGACGCACGGUCGAGGGUGUUUUUGGAAAGGGUUGCAGCGAAAUUAGGCCUGACAUGGCUAGACGUUACGCGAUUCGAGAAGCGAGUCACGGAUGCUUUGGAGAUCCAAGAAGGCAUUGAAAGUCAGAAGCAUGGGCAGAUCAUCGAUGGCAGAGCCAAACAAUCAAAGCGGAGGCGAAUCGCGAUGAUGGGUCUUGCCACACUGGGAGGAGGUUUGGUCAUCGGUCUCUCGGCUGGGCUGUUGGCACCGGUCAUUGGAGCUGGACUCGGGGCGGCAUUUGCUGGUAUCGGUAUCUCGGGAACGGGGGCCUUUCUGGGAGGUGCGGGAGGCGCUGCUGUCAUCACCAGUGGAGGUAUCUUGAGUGGAGGUGCUAUUGCAGGCAAGGGAAUGCUGCGCAGGACGAGAAGCGUACGGACUUUCGAGUUCCGACCCAUCCAUAAUAAUAAGCGAGUCAAUUGCUUCAUUACCGUACCUGGCUACAUGGCUAGUGCGGUAGAUGACGUUACCUUGCCCUUUUCUACGCUCGAUUCGAUCGUCGGCGACGUGUUUUCAGUUCACUGGGAGCCUGAAAUGAUGAACGAAUUGGGAAACGCUUUGAAAAUCUUGACAAGCGAAGUGCUGAGUUCAGUCGGCACGUCCGUGCUGGGAACAACAAUGAUGAUGGGAGGGCUUAUGAGCGGUCUCUCGCUCCCAAUCGUCCUCACAAAGCUGGGUUAUCUCAUUGAUAAUCCGUGGUCGAACGCACUGGACAGGGCGUAUGCUGCAGGUCUCGUUCUAGCGGACGUCUUGAUACAGCGGCAUGCGGGCGUUCGUCCUAUCUCGCUCAUCGGCUUCAGCUUGGGAGCACGUGUCAUCUUUUAUGCGCUGGACGAGUUGGCAAAACAGAAGGCGUUCGGUAUUGUACAGGACGUUUACCUUUUCGGGGCCACCGUGACCGCGCCUAAAGCGACCUGGAUGAACGCCCGUAGCGUGGUGUCGGGACGAUUUGUGAACGCAUACGCCACCAACGAUUGGGUACUGGGCUACCUGUUUCGAGCGACAAGCGGUGGACUCAGUACCGUUGCUGGACUGAGGGCCAUAGAAAACGUUCCUGGACUCGAAAACAUUGACGUCACGGACCGGAUUGCUGGACACAUGAGUUAUCGACCGUGCAUGCCGGCCCUGCUUGAAUUUGUCGGUCUGCCGAUUACGGCGGAUUGGUUCGACGAGCCUGAUGAUCCUGAGCUAGAUCUCAGUAUCCAGAAGAGAACGAUCGUUAACGAGCAAGAAGAAGAGCAACAGAAGGCAAAGUCGAAGCUGUGGGGCAUUUUCCCUCGCAAGCAGGGCUCGACGUCAGGCCAAUCUACGCCCAAAGUCAACCCUCCUCCAUCAUUCGCCCCCACUGGUGCUGUAAGCCAGGCAGCCGAGUAUGAUGAUGCCGAGGAUGAUGGUGAUAUCGGAAAGGGAGGCAUCGCUACGCCACCGGUCGCGACACCUCAGGCUCGACUGACCGUGCCGACCAACCCGACCACGAUGCCUUCCUCGACGACAAGUUCCACUGGCGAUCUGCCAGCGACCGCUGGUUUCGACUUCAAAAAGAUUUCGGACGUGCUGGGCAAGAACGUGGACCCGAAGGAAGUGAAGCUUUCUCAACCUUCCAACGUCGUACCAGACAGCGUUCGAAGACUACAAGACCGUGCCCCGCUCGAGAGAGCGGAGUCCGCUCCUCCGCUCGAAUACGAGGCGGUUAGUACUACACGCAACGACUACCGCUCCGCCUCUCCUGUUCCGGCGAGAACGUCGCCGCCUUUGUCUACGGCAACCACAUUCGAUCACAAUGCAGAUUUCUCUCCACCCGCAUCCAUCGCGAACACGCCCGAUUAUUCGAACGAGUGGGCAACACCAGCCGCGCCCAUCUCAGCCACAUCACAACCGACAUCUACAAGGGCCGCGCGUGGUUUCCCCUCACAUGUCUUGCAGUCCGCAACCAACAUUUUCAGCAAAGAUCUGGAUGAACUCUCUCACUUUGGCGGCCCUGUCGAUGACGAAGACGACGAAGGAGGCGACAUAGGUGGUUUCGGAAGAGAGAGCAAGGGCGUUGCGACUUCAGACUGGUCGACUUACCCCGAUCGCAAGCCUAAAGAUGACUGGGCGCUCAACAAUCCAUGGUAGAUGAAUGACGGCUCAACACAGUAGUUGUAUCAAAGCAUUUACAUGCACAGGCAUCGACCGAUUUAAUGAUAUCUCCUGGUG